GGCGAGGGUGAGGGUGAGGGCAAGGGCAUGGGCAUAGUGCCAGUCAGCUAUGGCUUUCGAGCCAAUGUGCGUGUGGAGUUCAUGCCGGGUGUCUUGGUUGGAGGUAACCUAUGAGUGGACAAAGGUCGAACUUUCAAAUGAAUCCCGAGGGGGGAAGGAGGCCUACUUGUACUGGAGCCCGCACAUUUGGUUGGGUUCCUCCACAACCUUGUUUUGUGCUCGGGUCAGGAAAGGAUCACAGCUUCAAAAUACUCCCUGGGACAGAGUCGAGGUGGGCAAAUACGCAACGUACCACAAUACACUGGUCAAAGAGCUUCCCAACCGUAGUUUCAGGUCCACCUCCACCAUAUAUAUGCAGCUAGGGCACGGGCAAGAGGUUUUCAAGAAAAUGUUCCCCGGCGUUGUGGGCUCCGGUCAGUAUUUUCUACUCCUCAUACCUGACCAGGAUCUCAUUAUUUUCCAACGGCCACCAAAAGCAUCACAUUCGCCCAGCAAAAUGUCAUCAGUGCAACAAAGGCUUCCCAACUCGGAAGGAUCUUGCGAGGCACGAUAACAGCGUACACAACACCACUAUCAAGUACUUCUAUCCUCUCGACUUUUGCCAGGACUCGUUGAAGCCCGAAAAGUUGCGUUGCCGGACGCUCGGGUGGAGUAGGAAAGAUCAUUGGCGGAAACACAUGAGAUCUGAACAUCAUGCUACUGAGGAUCAGUUGAAAAUACACUAGAGCAGUGGGAUCUCGAUGGCGGUUUUAAAGGACGGGGUGUGGCGUCUUGCCUUACCGCACAGCAAGGUACCUGAUGAAUCGAUAUCUGCGGAGCAACUCACUGAGCUUGAACGACAACGUUUCUCUCAAAUUUUAUAGCUUCGAAGAGUCAUUGUUAGAAUCACUCUUUGCCCUGUGAACAAGUUCGGAAG